AUGUCCGAUCUAGGCAACUACCGCGACCUCAUAAUAACAUCCCACCCGGGCCCUUCCAAUGUUUUCAUCCUAACCCUGUCCCGCCCACCGGAGAAUCGCUUGGAUGCCUCCUUCGCCCAGGAAAUUACACGCGCCCUCCGGGCUAUCGAGUCCGCCAUCCCAUUGGAUGCUCCAGGUGCUAUCGUCACCCGUGGCGCCGAUGCGAAGUUCUGGUCCACGAGGCUAGACCUCGAGGAAGUCGACCGGAACCCUACCGCCAACAAUAACGGCUUCUAUCCCCUCAUUGCCACCCUUCUCGACCUUCGCGUUCCAACCAUCGCUCUCUUAACCGGUCAUACCUUCGGCGGCGCCUGCCCGCUUGCCCUCGCCCAUGAUUACCGCAUCAUGAAUGCGGACCGCGGCUUCUGGUGCAUGCCCCCAGUCGACCUAGGCCUUCACUUUGAUGGAAUCGGUGCGCUGUUGAAGGCUAAACUCGCCCCUCAAACUGCACGAAAGAUGCUGUUGGAAGGGCACAGAUGGACUGGCAAAGGGGCUUAUGAGGAGGCGAUCGUCGAUGUGACUGCAGCUCCAGACCGGAUGCUUGAGGAGGCAGUAAGGCUAGCGGAGAGGGUGGCGCCCAAGGCGAGGAAAGGCGUAUACGCGCUACUACGAGCAGAGCUAUGGGGAGAUGCGGCAGACGCGUUCAGGCGGAUCAGCUGGGUGCAUGGAAGAGAGACGAGAGGGUUUCUGCCUACGGUAGGGAAGGGAUGGAAGGCGAAAAUGUGA